AUGGCGCCCGAGGUCAUGCGUGGCGCGACCGUGCUCUACCCGCACCGCAACAACGUUGCGUACUACAACGCGUCGGCCGACAUUUUCAGCUUGACGAUGACGUUUUGGGAUAUUUUGCACCCGAAUGCUAUGAAAGACGACAAGUUUGGAUCGUCCGUGAGCACGCCCGAAGGCCAGCGCCGCGCGGCCGACAAGAUGCUCCACGGCUUCCGCCCCGAGCUCUCAAAGGAGGUGCUGGCGGUGCCCGGCCUCAAGACGCUCUUUCACGAAGGCUGGUCCGACAACCCGAAGAUCGUCCGUCCCACGGCCGUCGAGAUUGUCGGCCGCCUUAAGGCCAUGCUGGACGGCAACAGUGCCAUGUACCACAGCGACAAUGGUUCCAACAAAGCGCCAGCCACCAAGGUUAUGACCAAGACGGGGAGCAGCACCGACGAGUCUCUCUCCGUAGACGACCUCCCCGUGUACCAAGAGUUUUACGACGUCUAA